ACGAAGGUGUGGGAUAUCUGAGGUAAGCUGACCAAUGUACCUUGGCAGGCGGCGGAGAUUGGCAGAUGGUUGUCUAUUCGGAUAGUGGUGUGAGGAUACAGACAUAAAUAUCAGGCUCAUGUUGAGCAACAGCUACUAGAACGUUCAACUCUUAUUCACAAAAAUGUCCCAUUUGCAAUACUUUGAUUAUGCAGGCUUUGGCGACCGCUCCAAAAGGGACGUCAACUACAGCCAGGCUGUUCGCAUCGACAAUCGCAUCGAAAUAUCUGGUCAAGGCGGCUGGGAUCGCAUCUCUGAGGAAAUCCCCGAGUCACUCGAGAAGGAGGUUGGGCAGGCUUUCGACAACGUAGAGCAUGCUCUCAAGCAGGCUGGCGGCAAAGGGUUGGAACAAGUCUACAAGCUGCGCUUCUACAUUACGGUCCCACUCGAAGCGAUCAUGGCCCAUCUUGUUGAGCAGAUGAAGGAGCGAUUCAAGACCCACGGUCCGCUCCUGACGUGCGUGCAGGUGGUUGCAUUGUACUCGACAAUGAGGAUUGAGAUCGAGGCUGAGGCACACCUGGGCUAGAUAGCUGCGAAUUCACGAUUCCUC